GGACUUUCUUAUCACGAACUUCGACGAUUUCAUAUUUUCAAGUUUUCAACGAUAUUAUUCAUUAAUUUCGUAAAUUUCGUGGUGUUUUUUUAGUGUUUUUGAUUAAAAUAUGACUUCUAAUAUCGUGAUACGUUGUGAAUAGUGAAUAUUACCUUUAGUUACAGUGUUUUAGUGAGCUUAAAAGGAUGAAACAAAGUUGCACGAUUGAAUGAAUUUAAAGUUGUUUGCAAGUGUUAUUUUAAUUCACCACAACAUUGAUUGCAAAACAACUCACUACACGUAAUGGAACGGAGUGGAAAUAACAGCCAGUGAACAGACCAUAUUUUUGGAAAGAAAACCAGUAUUUCUUUGUGAAACGCUUCCAUGACAAUCGAAUAGUUUCUUCGCACGUUUUUACUUGAUUUGUGUCGUACCUAUUUGCCAAUUGUCAUAUUUAUACUCCGACAUGUCGUCAACUCUUUGCGGUCCAGUUUGCAAAUCGAAAGGAUGCAAAACUGAAAUACGUUUUGACGAAGUAAGUUACGUCUGGACAAUAGCAGAUUUCCAUUUUCACGAGGUCAAAGGAGAAAAAUUGUCAUCAUCUGAAUUUUCAUCCACUACGAACGAUCAAUUUAAAUGGUACUUAACGCUUCAUCCAAAUGGAAGAUCCGAUGCAAAGAAUUACAUUAGUUUAUUUCUCCAUUUAAGCGACCUUGGCACUUUUGUAAAAACGAAAAAAAUGUUCAUUGAACUCGAUUUAUUCAUUUUGAAUAGUGCGGGUAAAGAAGACUACCACAUAAAACCGGCUGUGAAGGAAUUUCCACUUGACGUGAAGAUGGCGGGUUUGGGCGUGGAUAAAUUCAGUAAAAAAGAUGGCAACUUUAGAAAUCACGCGCUUUCGAACAAUACGUUGACGAUUUGCUGUAAAGUGAAGUUUUCUGAUAUGAACGAUGUUACUCGGAGUUCUCAUCAAUGUAACUGUGGCAUUCAAGUGCCCGAAUUCAACCUCUCCUCCAACUUAGUCGCGUUAUUUGAAAAUCAGGAGUUGAUGGACGUCGUUCUUUCUGUGAACGGCAAAGAGUAUCCUGCUCACAAGAUCGUAUUGGCUGCUAGCAGUCCGGUUUUCCGAGCCAUGUUUAAGCACAGUUUGAAAGAAAAGGAGCUAAAUCGUGUGGAUAUUGAGGACAUUAACGAAGCAGUCGUGGAAGAAAUGUUGAAAUACAUUUACACCGGGAAAUGUGAAGUUCCAGAUGAAUUGGCCGAAGGAUUAUUGGCAGCAGCCGAUAAAUACGAGUUGUGCCGAUUGAAGAUGAUGUGCGCUAAGACACUGUUCGAAAGAUUGUCCGUUGAUAAUGCAGCGAAUGUUUUGGCAUUAGCAGAUAUGCAUGGCGUCAAAGAACUUAAAGACAAAGUGAUCAAAUUUAUCGCUUCGAAACCUACCGAAGUGUUGCGUACGGAAGGCUGGAAGAAUAUUCGAUUGAAUUUUGAGCUCGCCGAUCAAGUGUGCUUAGCUAUAGCUGAACGAUGAGUCUAGAAAUGUCGAACAUACAAUAUGAUUGAAUUUCAUGCUCGAAGUGAUCAACUUCAUAGUGUAAGAUUGAAUGCCCUUAAUAGUACCUAUACGACCAUUGUGAAAAAUGUUUCUUGAACUAAUGCUCAGGUAUGAACGUAAAAAUUUUGUCUUGGUUUUAUUUCUGUUUGAAUUUCCAUCCCCUGUUAUUCUAUUUGCUUAUCAAAUUAGUACCUAUACAUACAUAUUUUGGAUUGUUUUAGUACAGUAAUAAGUAUAUCUAAGCCUUGAUCGAUCUAAGAUUCAUUAAUAUUACUCGAGCAUUGUUUAGAAUUUAUACUUAAUGGUCAAAUGCAUAUUUUGUUUACUUUUUGUA